CCUGGCGCCAAAACCGUGAAGCGGAAGAGUUGUAAACAACACAGGAAAGAAAAACAGGAGACGUUUCUGCUCGAUAAUUCAAGAAAUAGAUUUCGUAAAGACUCAUUCAGGUACAAAAUGGAUACACAGUCAUAUCAGCCUGUACAGGCUGGGGUGGGGAUGGAAGAGAAUUUUUUGUCUCUGGACGAUAUUUUGUUGUCUCAUGAGAGACUUCCCAUCCGGACUGAGUGCCGUUUUCCCCGGCUGGGGUUUCUGGAGAAGUCCAGUGACACGCAAGACAUACUGGAGGUCGGUGAAGUUACUGGAGACAAUGUCAUGGGUACAAAGAUGGAGCUUCCUCUGUGGCUCUCAAAGGGUUUGUAUGAGAGGAAGAGGAGAGUGUUGACAAUCGAGCUUCCAAAGGUGUACAGAGAGGGCUGGAGGACUGUGUUCAAUGCCGACCCCAACGUGGUGGACCUGCACAAGAUGGGACCCUACUACUAUGGCCUGGGGUCCCAGAUGCUGCACUUUGACAACCCAGAGAACCCUGAGAUUGCACAAACGCUGCUGCAGACAUUCAUCGGUCGCUUCAGAAGGAACAUGGACUCCUCCCAGAAUGCCUACAACGAGGACACCUCUGCGCUGGUAGAGCGUCUGGACUGCCUGGAGAGGGUGCUGUUCACAUCAGGGCAGAGUGGCCUCAACGGUUUCCAGAGCUGGGAGAAGGGCCAGGCCUCACAACUCACCGCCUCCAGUCUUGUUCUCAACUACCGCAAGAGAAAGAUUGCGGAUGUACAGCCCUGACCUUGACCUACAGUUUAAGGAGAGAGAUGCUGUUCAGAAAAGAGUCAGUAAUUCAGAGCAAAACGGCAACACUGACUUUUGCUAUCAUUUCCAUUUCCACUCACAAAUCCACCCUCUUCCUCUUAGCCAUGCUCUCCAUGACGGGAUGAUCACUAUUUGUAGACUGUAUGUUAUUUAUUUUUGUCAUGUUGUAUGAGCAUCACGUGUUCCUGACAAUUUGACAGUGUGUUUAUGGUCACUAGAUGUUUCACCACUAAUGCUGAAACCAUUGAUUAAUAACUUGAUUUCUGAUUGAUUUAUGAAUAUGAAUAGUUGGUUGUUCAAAUUUUGAUUGUUGAUGAAUUGUUUUAACUAGGGCUGUCAAUAGAUUAAAUAAACUAAUGAAUCUCG